AGGAUAAGGUGGCGACAGCAAGAUGUACUAACUGUCACUAAUUACGCGCGGAAAUGUUUGGACGCAUGCGUACCGUUCUUCGAGCUUUUCUCGAUAUGCAUUGUUUAUCUGUUGGAAUGACUUCAGCCCGACCUUAUUCACGUAUAGCUACACCACUAACGCCAUCUUUUAAGCAAGAUUUGAUUGUUGAAUUGGAUCGAUUAUUUCCACGUAUUCAAUUGGAAUAUAGAGGCCACGAUAAAGCUGUGUUGAAAUCGUACACCACAUUUCUGAAGACCGCUUGCAAACAUCUAGAACUUGAGGUAGUUUCCAUAAAAGUGUUUCCAUAUGUAUGGUGGAUUCAAAAUGCUCUGAGAGCUAAAUUUGCAAAAAAGAAGAAUCAACUUCAUUACGAGACAAGAACACACAUUCGUCAAUUUACAAUCCGAAAUGUUACGGGUAGUACAGCAAGUGCAUUCCUAGAAUAUGUUCAGCGAAAUAUACCUGAAGGAGUUGCAAUGAAAGUUACUUAUGAUGAAAUCGCAAUGUUGCCGGAAAUUAUUCAAAGUAAAAUUAAACUAAUGCAAUUAAAUGAUGAAAAUGCUCCGACAACAACUCCACCUAUGACCGAGAAGGAAAAAGUAAUUGUUGGAACGUUGCUUAGCGAGGGAAACAAGCAUCCGAUCGAUAAAGCAUCAACUUCUGCUGAGAGUUUAUUACCGAACAAUCCUUCAGCAGAAUCUAAUCGAUAGCUAUCAUAUCUUCUGGAAGGAUAUAAGUGAGUAUCACGCUUGAAAACUACAUAUUCUUGAGAGAGAGAGAGAGAAAAAAAAAAGAUAUAUUUUGCCUAACUACUACCACAUUAUUAUGGCUAAAGUGUUUUCGUUUUAUCGAAUGAAUGAACAGAUUAUUCAGUUAUUCUUCGGC